AUGUCGCUAGCCACCGCAAAGGCCAUUGCAGCAGUUGUUGCGUUAUGGUUUUUAGCUCUUCAGUUUGUUGCUGGGAAUCCGAUUUAUAACGUGCUUAGCUACGGGGCUGUUGGAGAUGGCACAUCAAAUGAUGUACAAGCAUUCUCGAAAGCUUGGAGAGCAGCUUGUGCUGAUGCUAAUUAUCCAAUUAUUCUCAUCCCAGCAAGCAAGACCUUUUUAUUGACCGAAGUAACCUUUCGAGGCCCAUGCAAGUCUUGGAUGUACGUCCAGCUUGAUGGAAAUAUUGUAGCACCAAACAAAGUGUGGUCGAACCAAGCAAAAAACUUGAUUGCAUUUCAAGAUGUUAAUAACGUUACGGUGGCUGGCCAUGGCGAGAUUGAUGGCAAUGGUGCCAUUUGGUGGGAUUGCGUAAAACAUAAGGGGGUCGAAGUAUGGGCUCCGGGUGACAGCCCCAACACCGAUGCCCUCCACAUCGCCGGGUCUCAAUUUGUGGAGUUCACCAAUUGCACAGUCGGAAUUGGAGAUGAUUGUGUAGCUAUUGGUCCAGGCUCCUCAGACAUUAAUAUUACCCACAUCAUAUGCGGGCCUGGUCAUGGUCUCAGCAUUGGUAGCUUGGGACCCAACUCCAAGGUUGAACGAGUUCAUAUUUCUGACAGUCAUGUUUCAGGCGCCUCAUCAGGCGUGAAGAUCAAGACAUGGCAGGGAGGAUCUGGGUAUGCAAAAGAGAUCUAUUUUGAGCGUGUAAACUUUACCUCAGUGCAGAUUCCUAUAGUUAUUGAUCAAUACUAUUGUCCCAGCCAUCAAUGCCAUCCUACGAACAUAAUUUAUGCAUUUCGUAUACAACAAUUCUUCAAAUUGCUAAUUGUUUUGCAUCAAUUUUUGUCUAUAAUUGCGGGGAGGGAAAAACAGAAUACCUCGAAUGUGGCAAUAAGUGACAUCCAGUUUGUUGAUCUAUAUGGGACUUCUUCCCAAAAAGAGGCUGUCAGCAUCCAAUGCAGCAAACAAGUCCCAUGCAACAACAUUUUAAUGAAGAAUAUUAACAUAUACCAUGAGGAUGGAAGUUCGGCAACAUCCAAUUGCAGCAAUGCCUAUGGCAAGACAGAGGGAGUAGUCAUCCCAAAUGUUUCUUUCUUACAUUAG